GACUCUCGUCCCUGUGGCCGCCAUUAAAGAAAAAGGGGCUCGGAAUUAGACGGGAGACGAAUCCCCCCCUCUCCCUGGAACGCGACAUGGGGGUGACCCGCUGACGGGAGCCGGGCGCUCAGGAUGCCGCGGCCGGGCAGCCGCCGACAGAGGCACCGCUGAGAGAGGAGACCCGCCAGCGGGGGCUUCAGGGCACCGACUGCGGCCGCCGCGUCCCUCUGUCUCCGCGCUCGGCGGCGGGGCCGGAGCGUGUGGGAUUCGGCCCCCCCGGCUGAGGAGAACUCGGGGUUCAGCCCCUGGCUGGGGGGAUCUGCGGGUUCGGCCCCCCGUCCGCCGAGGUUCCGCAGUUGAGGAUUGGGGGUUCAGCCCGCCCUUCGGGAGGGCCCUCCCCUGAAGAGACUCUGCGGUCGGUCCCUCCCUCCCCAGCUAGGGCGAUUGUGGGGUUCAGCCCUCAUCACGAGACGUCUCCAUCGGAAGAUUUGCGGGGUUUGCACCCGCGGAGGGAACCCCUCGGCCGCGGCACCUUGGUGGGGCUCGGAGACCCACCUGUCUGUGGGGAUUUCGUGGGGUUCGGCUCAACUUUGGGGUAGGCCCCUGCUGCCGAGAGACUUCGUGGGAUUCAUCCGCCUCUCUGAAAAAACUGGGGCUCCCCCCCGCGAGAAGAUCUGCCCCGAAGAGACUUUGAGGGUCGCCACAGUUUCUCUCUUCCGCCCCCCCAGCCAAGGACCUUCACGCACAACGGAGAAUAUUUGGGUCUCACCCUUCAGAUAAGAGGAUUGUCGAGGAGGGUUAUGCUCACAAGAAAACAUACCUCGCUGGGCUGCUGCUGAGGGGGCGUUCGGGGUCCCCUUCUCACUCAAGAACCCCCCUCCGGCGGAUUUUGGGGUACCCCCGGGAGAAUUUUACCCCACUCUUGGGAAUUCUUAAGAUUUAUCUAGUUUCUGAUGCCUGAAGUUUUUGUCUGAUCUAAUUUUUAAUUUAUUUGGAAUAUAUUUUGAGAGGGAGAAGAAUCUGACACCCCCGCUUUACUCUUCCCCUCGGACUCUUACCGACCCACAACCACUCAGCCCUAGUCAUUCCACUAUUUGCCCCUCUCAUCUGGCGAUUAAGAAACAAGAGGAAGAGCAGGGAGGUUGCUGGAUUAAUUUCCCCUGUUGGAUUAUUUAUUCCUCAACUCCCUCGUUUGGCUACUGAGAUAAAGGGAGGGGGCUUGAACCCAUUUUACCUCCUGCCCCAUUGGAUUAAUUACCCUACUUCUCUCCCCUCGUUGGAUCAGCUACUGUCUUCUCUUCCCUUGGUCUUCGAUUGAGUAGACAAGAGAAGCAGGGAGGAUUGUGUUUCUUAAUCUCCCAUCGUUGGAUUAUUGACCCUUCUUUUCUCCCCGUUAUUGUUUUUACCCCGUUUUGGCAGAAGAGGAGGAAAGAUUCUGACUCUUUUGCCCACUUUUCACUGCUCCCCCCCCCCCCCGUUUGUGUCUCAGUGUGUAAAAUCCCUUAUUUAAUUGUGGUGUUUGUGCGUGUGUAACCAACCUCUUUCCCCCCCCCCCUUUCCUUCUGUGUGUCUCCCUCCCCUCUAUCUCUCUGUCUCUCUCUCUCUGUGUCUGUCUCUUUCUUUCUUGUCGGAGGCUGUGGGAUAAUGGCGUGUGGGUUGUGGCUGUGAGGAUGAGUUCCUGCUUCGUGCCGAACGGGGCCAGCCUGGAGGAUUGCCAUUCCAACCUUUUCUGUCUGGCUGACUUGACUGGGAUUAAAUGGAAACGAUACGUAUGGCAAGGUCCAACAUCUGCCCCAAUUCUCUUUCCGGUAACGGAGGAGGAUCCCAUUUUGAGCAGUUUCAGUCGCUGUCUGAAAGCCGAUGUACUGAGUGUUUGGCGGCGCGAUCAGAGACCUGGACGCAGAGAGUUGUGGAUAUUUUGGUGGGGCGAUGACCCCAACUUUACUGAUCUUAUUCAUCAUGACCUCUCAGAAGAGGAAGACGGCAUAUGGGAGAAUGGACUGUCUUACGAAUGUCGCACUCUGCUUUUCAAAGCAGUUCACAACCUGCUGGAGAGGUGUCUAAUGAACCGAAAUUUUGUGCGCAUUGGGAAGUGGUUUGUGAAGCCUUAUGAGAAAGAUGAAAAACCUAUAAAUAAAAGUGAGCACUUGUCUUGCUCUUUCACCUUUUUCUUGCAUGGGGACAGCAAUGUUUGUACCAGUGUGGAAAUCAACCAGCACCAACCUGUAUAUCUUCUGAGUGAAGAACAUCUUACCCUUGCCCAGCAGUCUAACAGCCCUUUUCAAGUUAUCCUAAGUCCAUUUGGAUUAAAUGGCACACUCACAGGACAGUCAUUCAAGCUCUCAGAUUCAUCUACAAAAAAGCUGAUUGGUGAAUGGAAACAAUUCUAUCCUAUCACAUCUAACCUGAAGGAGGGUUCUGAGGAAAAACAAGAAGAGAUGGAUUGGGAAGAUGACUCUCUGGCUGCUGUGGAAGUCCUUGUAGCUGGUGUGCGAAUGGUCUACCCAGCAUGCUUUGUUCUAGUUCCUCAGACAGACGUUCCUGCUCCUAGCACUGUGGGGAUUUCUCACUGUUCAACUACUUGCUUGGGUGUCCACCAAGUGCCUGUUUCCACAAGGGAUCCUGUCAUGUCUUCUGUAACUUUGACUCCACCUACGUCCCCAGAGGAAGUUCAGACAGUUGAUGCUCAGUCAGCCCAGAAGUGGGUGAAAUUUUCUUCUGUUUCUGAUGGAUUUAGCUCUGACAGUACUAGCCACCACGGUGGCAAAAUCCCUAGAAAACUAGCCAAUCAGGUGGUGGAUCGAGUUUGGCAAGAAUGCAAUAUGAACAGAGCACAGAACAAGAGAAAGUAUUCUGCUACGUCAAAUGGCUUAUGUGUUGAAGAGACAGCUGACAAAGUAGCAUCCUGGGAUUUUGUUGAAGCCACACAGAGGACAAAUUGCAAUUGCUCAAGGCACAAAAAUCUUAAACCAAGAAGUUCGGGUCAGCAGGGGCAGGCACCACCUGUAGGCCAACAACAACAAGCAGCUCCGAAGCACAAGACAAAUGAGAAGCAAGAGAAGGGGGAUAAGCCACAAAAACGCCCUCUGACUCCUUUUCACCAUCGUGCAUCUAUUAGUGACGAUGUUGCCAUGGAGGCAGAUUCAGCAAGUCAGAGGCUUGUGAUCACAGCACCAGACAGUCAAGUGAGAUUUUCAAAUAUCAGAACUAAUAAUGAUGUAGCAAAGACUCCUCAGAUGCAUGGCAGUGAAAUGGCAAAUUCACCUCAACCACCACCACUUAGUCCCCACCCAUGUGAUGUAGUUGAUGAAGGGGUAACUAAAACUCCUUCUACUCCUCAGAGCCAGCAUUUCUAUCAGAUGCCAACACCAGAUCCCUUGGUUCCCACAAAAACAAUGGAAGACAGGAUAGACCCCUUGUCUCAGCCUUUUCCACCUCAAUUCCCAGAAGUUAUAGAACCUACAAUGUAUGUUGGUACUGCAAUGAAUUUGGAGGAAGAUGAUGCUAACACUACUUGGAAGUUUUACAAAGUUCCAAAGAAAAAGGAUGUGGAAUUCUUACCACCACAACUUCCAAGUGAUAAAUUCAGAGAUGAUCCAGUAGGACCAACUGGGCAGGACAACAUAACAUCAGUUACAGAAUUAAUGGUGCAGUGUAGGAAGCCUUUAAAGGUUUCAGAUGAACUGGUGCAGCAAUAUCAGAGUAAAAACCAAUACCUAGUAGCAGUAGUGUCUGAAGCUGACCAAGAACCUGAAAUUGAUCCUUAUGCAUUUGUUGAUGGUGACGUGGAAUUCCUUUUUCCUGAUAACAAAAAGGAUAGGCAAAACAGUGAAAGAGAAGCUGGGAGAAAACACAAGGCUGAAGAUGGGACUUCUAAUGUUACAGUUUUAUCCCAUGAAGGAGAAGAUGCUAUGUCACUGUUUAGUCCUUCUGUCAAGCAAGAUGCACAACGCAUUGCUGCUCACGCUCGCACUGCAUCAACUAGCCUGUUUCAUGAAACAGACCUGGUAGUCUCUUAUACUGACCUUGACAAUCUCUUCAACUCUGAUGAAGAUGAACUAACACCUGGAUCUAAAAGAACAGUGAAUGGCUCAGAUGAUAAAUCCAAUUGCAAAGAGUCAAAAGCAGGAAAUUUGGACCCGUUGUCAUGCAUAAGUACUGCAGAUCUUCAUAAAAUGUAUCCAACACCACCAUCAUUGGAACAACAUAUUAUGGGGUUUUCACCAAUGAAUAUGAACAAUAAGGAAUAUGGGAAUAUGGAUGCUACGCUUGGAGGAACUAUACUUGAAGGGAAUAGCUCUAGUGUAGGCAUUCAGUUUAGAAUUGAAGUAGAUGAAGGAUUCUGCAGUCCAAAACCUUCUGAAAUCAAGGAUUAUUCCUAUGUCUAUAAGCCUGAGAAUAGUCAGGCUUUUGUGGGGUGUUCCAUGUUUGCCCCACUAAAGACUCUCCCCAGCCAAUGUCUCCCUCCUGUCAAGCUGCCAGAGGACUGCAUUUACCGUCAGAGUUGGACUGUUGGAAAACUGGAGUUACUUCCUCCAGGACCCACCAUGCCAUUCAUCAAAGAGGGUGAUGGAAGCACUAUGGAUCAAGAGUAUGGCCCUGCCUACACGCCACAAACUCAUACUCCAUUUGGGAUGCCGCCCAGUAGUGCACCUCCCAGCAAUAGUGGAACAGGAAUUCUCCCAUCUCCUUCCACUCCUCGGUUCCCAACUCCUAGAACACCAAGGACACCUCGUACCCCUCGUGGAGCUGGUGGACCUGCCAGUGCUCAAGGUUCAGUCAAAUACGAAAAUUCUGAUUUGUAUUCACCAGCGUCCACACCAUCAACAUGUAGACCACUAAAUUCAGUUGAACCUGCAACUGUACCAUCCAUCCCUGAGGCACACAGUCUUUAUGUGAAUCUCAUCCUUUCAGAGUCAGUAAUGAAUCUGUUCAAAGACUGUAACUUUGAUAGCUGCUGCAUCUGUGUCUGCAACAUGAACAUCAAAGGUGCUGAUGUUGGAGUUUACAUUCCAGAUCCAACACAAGAGGCUCAAUAUAGGUGUACCUGUGGCUUCAGUGCUGUCAUGAAUAGAAAGUUUGGCAACAACUCUGGAUUGUUUCUUGAAGAUGAAUUGGAUAUCCUCGGGCGUAAUACAGAGUGUGGCAAAGAAGCAGAGAAACGUUUUGAAGCUCUUAGAGCUACUUCUGUUGAGCGAGGACUGAAAGAACCUGAGAAAUUGCCUGAUGAGUUGAUGCUGUUGAUGCAAGAUCAGUGCACCAACUUGUUUUCACCAUUUGGAGCAGCAGAUCAAGAUCCUGUAGCCAAAUUUGGUGCAGUUAACAACCUGGUACGUGUAGAAGAAAGGGAUUGUUGCAAUGACUGCUCCUUAGCGUUAGAACAUGGGCGCCAGUUCAUGGACAAUAUGUCAGGAGGAAAAGUUGAUGAAGCACUUGUGAAAAGUACUUGCUUGCAUCACUGGUCAAAAAGAAAUGUUGUGGAUGUGAGCAUGCAGUGUUCACAGGACAUCCUUCGCAUGCUUCUGUCGCUCCAGCCAGUUCUUCAGGAUGCUAUUCAGAAAAAGCGAAUAGUCCGAUCUUGGGGUGUGCAGGGCCCCCUCACGUGGCAGCAGUUUCACAAAAUGGCUGGCCGAGGCUCUUAUGGAACUGAUGAGUCCCCAGAACCACUGCCAAUUCCAACAUUUUUGCUGGGAUACGAUUAUGAUUUUCUGGUGCUGUCUCCAUUUGCCUUGCCAUACUGGGAGAGGCUGAUGUUGGAACCUUAUGGAUCUCAAAGAGACAUUGCUUAUGUUGUGGUGUGUCCUGAGAAUGAGGCCCUGCUGAAUGGAGCAAAAAGCUUCUUUAGAGAUCUGACUGCAGUAUAUGAGGCUUGCAGACUCGGUCAGCAUAGACCUAUCUGUAAACUGCUCUCUGAUGGGAUCAUGAGAGUUGGAUCCACUGCUUCAAAGAAACUUUCUGAAAAGUCGGUCACAGACUGGUUUUCUCAGGCAACUAAUGCCAACAAUGAAGCAUUUUCCAAACUCAAGCUCUAUGCUCAAGUUUGCAGAUAUGACCUGGGUCCUUAUCUUGCUUCUCAGCCAUUAGACAAUUCUUUACUUUCUCAGCCAAAUCUAGUUCCCCUCACGAGUCAGUCUGCAUCCACUCAGCCACUGGUUGCAGGUAACACUGGAAAUUCCAACACUCCAUUGUCCAGUACUGCAGCUGCUACCAGUAGUACCAUGACGGUGACUUCAAACAGUGCCAUGUCUUCUGCAGCUACUACAACUAAUUCAACUUUGACCACUACUGCCCCCUCAUCUUCUUCCACCAACAUAGGCAGCGGGAUAUCAACAAACAAACCUUCAUUUCCACCUUUUAGUGGCAUGAACAGUACUACUUCUGCCUCCCUGCCUACACAGGCUCCAACAGCCCCGAAUGGACAGACAGGGGGACAGCAGCAACAACCAGCUCUUCAAGCAGCUACGAUAUCUGGGGAAACUUCAUCUGCCCCUCCACAGCCACACCCAGAAGUCUCUGAAAGCACUAUGGAUCGUGAUAAAGUUGGAGUCCCUACAGAUGGAGAUUCACAUGCUGUCUCCUAUCCACCUGCAAUUGUAGUUUAUAUAAUUGAUCCGUUUACGUAUGAAAAGAAAGAUGAGCAUAGCAACUCAUCCAAUGUGUGGACCCUUGGGCUUCUUCGUUGCUUUCUAGAGAUGGUUCAGAUUCUUCCUCCUAAUAUCAGGAGUACAGUUUCUGUGCAGAUUGUCCCUUGUCAGUACCUGUUACAACCUGUGAAACAUGAAGAUAGGCAAAUCUACACCCAACACUUAAAAUCUCUAGCAUUUUCAGCAUUUACACAGUGUCGGAGACCACUUCCAACUUCAACCAAUGUCAAAACAUUGACUGGUUUUGGCCCAGGUUUAGCAAUGGAAACUGCUCUUAAGAGCCCUGAUAGACCAGAGUGUAUUCGACUCUAUACACCCCCUUUUAUAUUGGCUCCUGUAAAGGACAAGCAAACAGAGUUAGGAGAAACUUUUGGAGAGGCUGGACAGAAAUAUAAUGUGCUUUUUGUGGGCUAUUGUUUAUCUCAUGAUCAAAGAUGGCUUCUUGCGUCAUGCACAGAUCUCUAUGGAGAACUGCUAGAAACUUGCAUAAUUAAUAUCGAUGUACCAAACAGAGCUCGUAGGAAAAAAGGUUCUGCCCGCAGGCUUGGUCUCCAAAAACUCUGGGAAUGGUGCUUGGGACUUGUGCAGAUGAGUUCAUUGCCCUGGAGAGUUGUAAUAGGCCGUUUAGGAAGGAUAGGUCAUGGAGAAUUAAAAGAUUGGAGCUGUUUGCUGAGUCGCCGAAACCUCCAGUCACUCAGCAAGAGACUGAAAGAUAUGUGUAGGAUGUGUGGUAUAUCUGCUGCAGAUUCUCCCAGCAUUCUCAGUGCUUGCUUGGUGGCAAUGGAACCACAAGGGUCUUUUGUUAUUAUGCCAGAUUCGGUGUCAACAGGUUCUGUAUUUGGACGCAGCACUACUUUAAAUAUGCAGACAUCUCAGCUGAAUACCCCACAGGACACAUCAUGCACUCAUAUACUUGUGUUUCCUACGUCUGCCUCUGUGCAAGUAGCAUCGUCGACCUAUACCACUGAAAAUUUGGACUUGGCCUUCAAUACAAACAAUGAUGGAGCAGAUGGAAUGGGUAUCUUUGAUUUGUUAGACACUGGAGAUGACCUUGAUCCUGAUAUUAUUAAUAUCCUUCCUGCAUCCCCUACUGGAUCCCCUGUACAUUCACCAGGAUCCCAUUACCCCCAUGGAGGUGAAAUGGGCAAGGGUCAAGGUACAGAUAGAUUGCUUUCAACAGAAUCUCAUGAUGAAGUAACAAAUAUCCUGCAACAGCCAUUGGCCCUUGGUUACUUUGUAUCAACUGCCAAAGCCGGUCCAUUGCCUGAGUGGUUUUGGUCAGCAUGUCCUCAAGCACAAAAUCAGUGUCCCCUGUUUCUUAAGGCCUCUUUGCACCUCCAUGUGCCUUCAGUGCAAUCAGACGAGCUACUCCACAGUAAACACUCCCACCCACUUGACUCUAAUCAAACUUCUGAUGUUCUCAGGUUUGUUUUGGAACAGUACAAUGCACUCUCCUGGCUAACCUGUGAUCCCGCAACCCAGGACAGACGGUCAUGUCUCCCAGUUCAUUUUGUGGUGCUGAAUCAGUUGUAUAACUUUAUCAUGAAUAUGCUGUGAUCUUCAUCUGAACUUUGCAAGAAGAGAACAAGGAAAAGGGAUAUUUCACUGCAGGACUAAGUUAAUUCUUCUCAGUUCAAGUUAUUUGUGAUGGGGUAUAAUUCUUGUUACUUCCAACAAAUAUUGUUUUGACUUCUGAGGGGCACAUAAUCCUGCUGUCUUUGUUUCAUUGACUCUACAGGACUCUUUUUAGAAUGAUGAUUGAUCAGUCAAAAUGUAUUAUAACAUUUUAGUGGCAAAAUUGACCCUUUUUUCCCAGUCACAGUAUUUGUGAAAAGUAAUGAGCCAUAGUACCCAGUCAUGUUUAAUGAAUACUAAAAGCAUGGAGACGAGAAGAGACGUGAGGAACAAUAGGUUUCAACCUAUGGCUUCAGAACAUCAAGAUGUUCUUGUAUCGGAUUAUAGUACCUAGUAUUCAGAAAAUGCCUGCAUCUCUUAUUUAUUGUAAGUUUUUAAAUGUAUAAAUUGUCUUAUAUUUCUUAACCUCUUUUAUAAAAAUUUUCCUAGAAGGUUUAUACUGCCUUCUUGCUUUAAAGCAAUUGGUCUAAAAUAUAUGUAAUCGUCUUAAUUAAAAGUUGCAGUAGGUUGCUUUUAGAGUAUUAUUUUUUUGUAAGGGAGUGGGUGGGGACAGUAAAUUUGUAUUGUCUUGAUGUACAGUUUAAUGGGGAUAGAGAGGUUAAUGUCCAUACCAUUGUGUGUGGGGGAUUUACAGCUAAGCUGUAGUUGCAGAGUACAUGUACAGUAAUGAAGUUCACUGUGUUUAUAUAAAUUGAAAAGGUACCGGGUCUUACAGCAUUUUAUAUCACACCUUUACAGAGUAACAUAAUGGCAAUAUAUAAGUGAUAUUGUAGGUGGUUUAACUUGUAGUGAGAAUAAAAUGAAUUAACUCGUCAGUUUAAUUUUGUGUUAUGGCUCAGGGCUGUGGCCAAUUUUUCAGACCUUUUUCCAUUUAUUGUGGAAAGAUUUAUUACUACAAGAAUCUUUGCUACCCAAUGUAGGUAACCAGGAAUUUUUGGCAUAGUGGGAAUUGCAUCACGUUCUGUAAGACUUGUGUUCAUCACAAAUCAGAUGGAACAUGUAGGUAUAGAAAAACAUUAUAAUGAAAUUGCCACAAAGAAUCCUCCUGUAGGCUGAAGUUUCGCCCAGCUCUAGCCAUUUUACAAAUGCAAAAACAGUCAAUCUUGACUUUAAGAUUGGUGUGUGUUUGACUAAAAUGUGGUGUAUAUAGAUUUUCAGUGAAUUCUGGUAUUCAGAUUUUAUUCCACUGGUGAAAGAAGCAUUUUCCUUUUCCUUUUUAAUCUAUUUUUGGCACUGUGGUGAGGGUCCCAGGCACCAGUGUAUCGACUUUCCCCUUCAGAUUCUAGCCAGGGCAUGUGCCAAUGAGGCUCAAGCCUCCCUAAGGAAGGGACUCGGGAGUCAUGGGACUUCUGUAUGCCUCUUCCUCUACAAUCACCAUUUCCCCCUCACCUAACACUUCCUUCCUUGACUUGCACAUGCCAAAUCUAUAAUGCUCUAAAAUGGCCCCUACGGGUGCUCGUGAGCAAUUCCUUCCUUUGUUCCUCACCCCCUGACUGCCGGACAGAAAACUUACUCUUGCGGUGCCCUUGUCAGUCUGAUGUGAGAACCCACGUUAGUUUAGCACCUGGAUCUCACUGGACAACUUAAACUAUCCAUCCUGCUCAUAAAGUUUUUAAGGAGCCAGUUUUAAAAUCCCUUUGUGCACCCACUGUUAAUCCUCUACAAGGAUAAAAAAUCACUUGUAUUUACAAAACUAAAUUUAGUAUCUUACUGAAAAUCAUGUUUUGUAACUACAAAAUAUUUUCCUGAAAUAUCACUUCAUGUGAACAAACAUAACCUCUUUGCUAAUAUUCUCUAUAUACAAUAUUAGCAGUCUUACUUUGUAUAAAGAAAAUGUACAAUUGGUGACAGAUUUUUUUUUUCAAUCAUUUCUUCAAAAUAACAGUACUGCAAUCAGAUGUCAGCCUAUUUUGAUAUUAAAGUUAAAAAAAAAAUUGGGUCUCUGCAUUAAUUUUUCUUGAUUAUGCUAAAACACACCACAUAUUGACUAGCAUAUUUUGUUCAAUAGCAGCUUUUUCUUUUCAAUGUGGCUGAGAUUUUUGAGGGAAAAGAUGCUCCUAAGCCUGGAAUUUUCAAAGCUUACAUCCAAUAUUUUUAGCUCAGUGUUGCCAGAUGGCUGAUUUUAAAACCUGUCUUAAUGUUAACACACCUCUUUAGCUUGGAACUUGUUGGAAGUGGGCUAUUUAAAAUCUGACAGUGACUUGUAUUCAUAAGUGAGCCAGCUGCCUGAAUGCUGAGGUCCAGUUCAUACUAUAUAGCUAAAUGAAUGUACUCUGAAAUUCCUCAACUGUAUAGAAAAACAGCCAGUAAAAGUUUUUCAAAUGCAGUCAGAAAUAUAAACUGAUAAAUUAACCACUAGAAAAUAUCAGAAGCCCCCUUUUUGAAAUGUUCUUUUUAGAAAGCAUUUGUACUAGGAGACUGUAUCUUCCUAGUGGCAUUCAUUGCCAGCAAUGUACAUAUCAAAACUGCUGGCGCCAAGGAGCUAUCUAUCAUAUUUGGCUUACUUUUAAAUAAGUUCCUUUCACCUUUUAUGAAUCAAAUUCCUUUGGAAUGAUUAACCCUUCCUCUCUUAAAGUGGACAUGACAAAUUACUGACAACAAUUAUAUUGUCACAGCCUGUUAACAGCAGAGUUGAUCAGAAGGUGCAAGCUUUAUAGCAGAGUUUAUACAGAUCAUUGACAGUUUGGGCAGCAGCUUCUCAAAAUGCUUGUUCCUGGUGUUGGUCUGUGCAGCUCUCUGUUUAGUAGUAUUUUGUGGAAGUUCACUAUUAAGUAUUUUGGAUUUCAAAUGAUAGCCACAUACGGUAUCCUUCCAGCCAGUCAAAAAAUCUAGCCAUACUCUCUUUAUGCAAGCCAUUCACUCAUCUGGACUUAAUUCUGUAUGAAUUAGAUUCUUGUACACGUUAUUGUUUGGCCAGUGGGCCACCAAGUGUACUUACAUACAAUCCUUAAAUUUUUAAGUAGUUGUAAUUUUUAAAACUUUCUAACAUUUUCUGAAAUGGCUAAAAUUAAAGUUAUCACUAAAAUCCUCAGCUAUAUUCUUGCUCAGCUGUCAGUAUGGCACAGAUUACUCUUACUAUAUUCUUUUCAUCUCCAUAUUUACCUUCUAUGGUGACUUUUAACGUCAUGUGUUUCUACAAAGAUUUGCAGAUGUCUUUAAUCAAGCACUAUUUGUUAAUACUGUACUAUCAAAAUAUUAUGUUGCUGCAUUAUUUAAAAACAUUCAAAUUUAAUAGAUGAAAAGGUUUUUUAAAUGCUAUUGCACCAUAUAAUUUGCUGCGCAACAGUCUAUGGUAUAGCAUAUCAGUCUGUUAAUAUCCAUGUAAUGUUACAUGAAACAAUGUUUUGGGCUGGGUUUCCUCUGAGAACUCAGUUUCUCAGUUUUCAUGAAAUUGUGUGACUAACUAUUUUGACACAAAUUCUAAGGUGGGAAAAUUAAUUUUCUCCAUCUUAAUUGAAGGAUUCAGAACUAUGUCUUAUAUUUAGAAAAUCUUAUUUGUGGGUUACUCUUUAUUUUCAAUGAAGUGAAACUUCAUUUACAGUAAAACUGGAUUUGGGACCUACAAUAAUCCUCAGGGUCACUUUUUCAGGAAGUUUUAAUGUAGCUUUAGGUUAUCCAAAUAAACUGGAUUUGAGGACCUUGAAAAGCUAUUGGGUUUAAAUUGCAAAUUGUGGCAUCAUUACUGGACAUGUCAGUUUCAUCAAUCUUCUCAAAACAGCUGGGUCACUUUAAGGGGAGUUUUUAAGGUCUCACUCAGCAGUGACAUUUAAUGGUCCAAGUCUUCUUAUUUAAUAUGACAUAAAAUCAAAUAAGGAACAAACACUAUUGCUGCCGAAUGCCAUAAACACUGAGUUGUACAAAUUGUGAUUGAGGAAAUGAAAAAGUUUAUACUUUUAAAAAAAAAAUCAAAUGGAAUAAAUUAUUCAUGAAGCCUUGA